CACAGCUUGUGAUAUGGAGGAAAUGACUUGUGUUUUCUCAAACAAAAGAAGGAACUGACUGUUGACAGUUAAAAUUGUCCAUCAUGAAAGCUACAAGUCUCCUUCUGCUCUUCUUCGCCAUCCAAGAAGGAAGAAGUAACGGUGAAGAUGAAACCUACUGCACGGAGCAGCGCGGCACCGUCAUCGUAGAAGAGAAGGGCUCUGUGACUAUUCCAUGUAACUUCACAUAUUCAAACCCGAAAGGCAAACCUGUAGAUGUGAGAGUGUCCUGGAAACGGAGUAAGUUGGAACGUUGUGGAGACGGAGAAACCAUAUAUAAUCACACAAGAAACUGGACGCAUGAGAAUUAUAUAGGAAGAAUCUCAUGGGGGGGAAAUCCCAACGGAGAAAAAAAAGCAACAAUUACCAUCAAUGAUCUGAGGAGGACGGAUGGCCCCACGAUCUGCUGUAGAAUGGAAAUAUACGUGGACAAUACCUAUAAAGAUGGAUUCCAAAACCGUCAUGGAACCAACAUAAAGUUUAAAGAUGAGUUCUCAGUAGAACAGACGGAUGUGGUUCCUGCUAUGAUCGGAGAAGAUAUCACUAUACCCUGCUUCGUUCACUAUAAGGAUCCCUCUGUGAUAGAUCUUGUCUCCUGGCAUAUUGGAAGCAGCGAUGUGUGUGCUGAGAAUAAUGAGAACAGUAUUAUAUGGAAUCAGCCGAUCACAGUAGAUCCUGGAGAACGAUGGUCGGUGGUGGCUUUUCCUCAGGAUUUGUCAUUAAGACUAAAGGGAGUUACAUCAGAGGACAUCAAGCAAUACUGCUGCAGAGUAAGAACAAAACUAAGGAAUAACAUUGCAUCAUCCACACAUGGCACCGAGGUCGUACUUGUGGAUAAUUCCAUUAAUCCAGAGUUUGAAGUUCUGCAACCGGAGAAAACUUCAUCUGACGUGGACGGUUCUGCUACCAUCAGCUGCUCAUACAAAUACCAAUCAGAUACUAACCUUCUGUGGACUGGGGUCUUCUGGAGAGUGAGCAGCCCAAAUGGUUCUUAUGCCUAUCACCCGUUCCCAGCCAUGGUUCACUCCACCUACAGAGGAAGGACAGAGCUGAGAGGACUGGCCGAUCUCCGUAUAAAGGGGGUUAAAGAUACUGAUAAUACAACUUAUUACUGCUUUGUGAUGCUCAAGUUCUGUGUCGGAAAAAACAAAUCCAGCUCCACCAUACAUUAUGGAAGAGGGACCAAACUAGACAUAACACGUGAGUCCAAGGAUUCCCAAUCAGGUAAUGAGAUACCAGAUAGUAACACAUGGCUGUACGCCUUAGUCGCUGGCCUGCUUGUGCUUAUUAUCCUAUGUGCUGUAAUCUUCAUCAUUUUAAAGAAAAGAGGCAUCAUCUGUCAGACACGUAGUGGGCGGGAAGAUGUUAAAUAUCUGACCUCAAAUAUUGCAUUGAAAGAUCAAAAUUCUUCUGGCAAUGUGCAAGAACCAGCAGUUACCUCCAGCACUCCGCCAACGGCUCAAGAGGUUUCCGGAGAAGUUCUCUAUGCACAUUUAAAUGAGUCCUCCUUGCAGCAGAAGACAAGCAAUGGGAGUAAGAGACGAAAGUCAGCCGAUGACUCCCAGGUUGUGUAUGCUGCUGUCAAGCCCACCAGUGCACCUCAAGAUAUAUAUGCAACAGUUCAAGAACGACGCUAAAUAAAAAGUCAAACCAAGUGUAGACCCAUCUACUAAUCAUAUAAAGUACAAUGGUUUCAGCAUUGCCUUUUACUCCUUGGAGGUUAAGACUAUAUUAUUUUUAUUUACAUUAUUAACCAUGAGAUAGAUCCAACAGACAAUGAUGGUUUGUAUCUUAACCUAAGAGGUAUCCUCUUUAACUUGGUUGGCCACCCUUCAGUCUUGGCAGGAAAUGGUUGUAGCAUCUUCAAGACAAGUAUGAAAUGGUGUUAUGAGGACCAUGAUGGGGACUGUAUACAAUGAACCUCUGCUUCUGAUAGACAUCAGAAUUGUUAUAUAUUCAUGGUCAAAACAAAGCGAAAAACAAAGUCUGUUUCCUGAAGUUCCUUCCCAUGAGUAUUUAUAACCAUAUAGCUUGCUUAUGUAGAAUUGACUGAACUCUUGUUACAUAAAGUAAGAACACAUCAAUAAUAGAAUAUGAUAUUAUGUGUUAGGUCACAUAAGAUGACAGGCUUUAAGCUGAGUUUCCAUUUGGCAGCCCAUAUUGAUAGUUUCUUCUUUCUAUAAAAAGAAGUGAUGAUAAUCUUACAAAAAAAAAAGGUUCAGGCUCUCAAGGCAAUUGUACAC